AUGUCUGCAAAAAAAUCUUGUUGCAAGCGUAAAAAGCGCGUCCGACCACGACAAGAAGGUAUCCAAUGCGACGGGUGUGAUGAAUGGCAACACAGAACGUGCGAUACACGAAUUUCGAGAGAGGACUACAGGGAAUCUGUCCGAUCUGGCGAACGGAUUGACUGGCGGUGCGAAGAUUGCCAGUUCAAUGACAUGUGUGCUGGAUUUCGUCUUCUUAACGUUAACGCUGAGAGUGAAGCAGUUGUACGAUAUCAAGAGUUGAUCAACACUUCCCUCGCAACAGUUAAUGAAAACAUUUUGGGUUAGUGUUUCAAUUUGUUAACACAUGCAGUACAUAUUUCGGGUAGACAAAUGUUAUAAGAGAACAAAUUAUGUAAAACACACUCUUUCAAAUAAAGGAGUUGAUGUGUGGAACAAAUUAGAAACAAAUCUGAAAGACAUAAAUUUCUAUAAUACCUUCAAGAAACUAAUUAAGCAACAAUUUAUACUAAAUCCAGUUACAAAUACAUAGAUUCAGAAAUCACACUUUCUUUAUGCAGGCAAUGUCUGUCCAUGCAUUGUCAUUGUGCAAAAAAAUACCAUAUAAUAAUCUAACUAGUAUAUCUCUAUAACUUAAUAUUGUAAACACUACAGUAUUUACCCUUCAUACCUCAAAUUUGUAAAUAUCUUGUAUAUAUACCUUGUAAAACGUUUCUUCUGCAUUUAAUAUUAUCUUAAAAAUUACUGUAAAUAAUAAAAUAAUCUAAAUAGGACACGACUAGUGGCCUAGAAACAAAAGCCUGUAAAGGUUUCUAGUAGGUCUCUAGCCCAAAUAGUUAAUUUGUAAUAAUGUAUUAAUAAUUGUAAUGUACAUGGGAAAAUAAAUUUAAAACAAAAAAUGGAACAGCGAAACUUGGGAAAUAAAAUUUUAUUUUAAACGACUGUCAACAAACUCUUUGACAACAACAAAAUCAAAAUUAUCUGCACUCCCCCCCCCCUCAAAUCUCCCCCUCCUCCCUAAUUUUCUUCCCACCUUGCUUACUGUAUAGCGCUUUAAAUAAAACACUCUCCCCAUAUUAGAGCGCUCCCGACGCAUGCGAUCAAGUGUAAUGCGUUCUGUAAUAUCAAGAAUACCCAUAUCACAUACGUGUUUUUCAAUGGGAUCCUACAUCGAAAAUACAAUCAUUUACAAUAUUUAAACGUAUUGCAAAGACAAGUACGUACAUGCACUACAACAAUAAUGAUAAAAACAAUUAAUUCAUAUAUAUUAUAAGUCAUUAUAAUAUAUAAAUAACUAAUUCAUGUUUUGUGUCUAGCCUCUAAGUCUAAAUGAAUCGUGAAUACGCAUAAAAAAAUAAGAUAAAAGUUCUCGAAUCAGCUUUCCUUUUUCGUUUUAAGAAUCAAGCAUGGCAGCCUGGAAUAUAACACUAUGGAAUAGAACCGGAUCGAAAGUUGAUAUGAUGAUUUUUCAAACCAUGCCAGAUGUAUUCAUAUACGGCAGUUAUUUUGCGGCUUGGAAGGUUGAGGAAACACCAAAUCCUGGAAAUAUUCGUCUAGAAUUGCCAGAGACAUUUGAGUUCUGCGUGAUUGAAGAGGAUGGAAGACAGACGGGUCCUCUUUCAGUCAACUACGGCGACGAAGUCAAAGUUUCACAACCUACUGCUGCGAAUGCGCCAACCGUAACGAUCAAUUUUAAUAAAAAUAUCCCAAAAGACCGAAUCAAGGUGAUCAACUUAAGCGGUAAUGCGCAGCCACUAGAAAUGGCUUUGUUUAAACAAGACAGUAAAGUGGUCUUCUACAAGGACAUUGUGCCUAACUCAUUCGUAUUUAUGGCCAUAAAACCGAGCGUCUACAUGGCAGUCGUUGGCCCGGUCAAACAAGGGCAAGAAUUUCUAGCAAAUGUCUUUGUUGAUAAGAAAAUCGUACCGAAAUCUUAUCACAUUGACCAAGUUGUUGACGGUGACGAAGAGGACGCAUAUCCAGUCCAAGCAGAGUCUACUGAUGAAACUGUCGAAUGUUACAUAAAU